CCACACCCACUUCUCAUGGGCGUGGCUCGUAUCAUUUAUGUUCACAAGCAAACUCUGCAAUGGUGAACUUUCCUUGUCCUUUGUUCCCCAAUAAUACUGGAUACGAGCUCUCUGUGGUUGACAUCAGAGUAUCUGUAUCUUGUUUCUCUUUACUUGGAAGCAUUUUCGUGAUUGGGCUGAUAUGGCUCUUCAAGAAAUACAAGUUCUUCACACAGAGAUUGAUCCUCUAUCUUAGUAUUGCUUCUCUCAUCUCCUCCAUUGCAUACAUUUUGGGCAGAUUCGAUUAUGGUAGUGAUAACAAGCAACAUUUAUGUAUAUUUACUGGUUUCCUUCUUCUCUACUCCGAUUGGUCAGUAUUGCUCUCGACUAUUGGAGUUACUGCAAACCUCUUCUUUAAAGUGACUUGUGAAAGGCUGUCAAAUAAAUAUGAAUUCAUUUAUGUCAUGCUGUCAUUCGGAGUACCUGUAUUGUUUAUAUGGAUCCCUUUCACUUUUGAUGCGUAUGGUCCUUCUGGUGCCUGGUGUUGGAUAAGGAACAAGAACGUCACUGAUUGUACUCCCUUCAUAAAGGGGAAGAUAAUACAGCUGCUGGUCUGGUACAUUCCACUCUAUGCACUAAUACUCUUCCUCUUCAUUGUGUAUGUAUACAUUGCUGCCAGAGUCAGCUACAGGGUUAGAACAUGGCAAGGGCUCUAUGACCCACAGGUGCAAAGGCAAAGGAUAUUGAUGAGAGAAGAGAUCAAGCCACUAAUGUGGUAUCCUCUCAUUUAUUUCUUAGUCCAGUUGUUUCCAUUCAUCAAUAGGAUAGUGUACAAUGUUACUGAUAAUGCUUACAUUGGCCUCUUUGUCCUCCAUGUGUUAACUUCACCCCUGACUGGUGUACUCAUAGCCUUUGCUUAUGCACUGGAUAAGGAAACUUUAAAAAGACUAAACUGGAACUCGAUAAAAGCUAGUUUGAGAUUCAGGAGUACCUCAAAAAUUGUGACAGCGUAUUCGGCUGAGGAAACAUUUGAAGAGGAGUUAGAGGCAACCCCAAGAAGCACUUACUUCAGUGAAAGCAGCGAAGGAGAAGAUGAGAAUAAGAGACUCGUAUCAACUCGAAUCGAUUAAUGGACACCAGACUUACUUUAUUCAUUUUAUCACUCAUGAUCUGUAUCUUUUAGUAAAUACCUGAGUUUUAACAAAUCUAAAUUGAUCGUAAACACACAAUUAUUUUGGAGUUAAUUUUUA